UGUUUUGCACGUGUGUUUUCUGUGAUAAACUUCGUAGGGCCUUGACUCUCUUCUCUCUUGCCAUCUGCAUUUCGUCUGAGCUCUGUUCUGUUUGUAGCCAUGUCUACAGGCGUUCCUGCGGAACCUCCGAAAAAAAGAAUAUACGUCGCAUCUUUUUCAGGAGAGGCGUGCAUCGCACGUGCGCGCUUAAAUCGUUUCAGGCAUGUGAUUAAUCGCACGUCUAAUCGCACAUUGGUAACCAGGUCUUACACAAGAAAUCCAGCCAUACGGUUCUUAACUAUUGCAGAGGUGAACGCUGACAGAGCACUGAUGAAGCAAGUCUGCAAAUAUGCACUUACAGGCAAUCUUGGCUCUAAUGUUACUACAGAAGAUUUAACUCAAUUAUUUGGCCUGGGAACAACACCUUACCUGAGACAAAAUUGUAGUGUUGAAUUAGCAACAUGUGAAAAGACUGGAAAAUCGAAAAAUUUUGCUUUUGUUAAUGUACCAGAGCAUGUACACAGUGAACUUAUGAAAUUAAAUGGUAUAGAAUUUUAUGGAAAAAUGAUAGUAAUUGAAGAAGCAAAAACAAACAAGCACGAAGAUGAUGGAGAUGAGAAAGAGAAUAAGGAGAGACGAAGAUAUAAUAAUAACAAUGGUAACUACAGACGUGGUGGUGGUGGUAAUUACAGGCGUGGAGGCUAUCGGCCAGGAGGAAAUCGAUCACCUAGUCAGCAAAAGAACAGAUUUUGGUUGCCAACACUGGAACCUGAUCAAGUGUUUCAUCUUGUUGAUUGUGGAGUAAAUUUAACCAAUUUAAGGUUUGGAAAUUUCACUGAUUAUGUCAUUGCUCGUGCUCUGGCUGCAGGUGUGCAAAAGAUGGUGAUCACAGGUUUAAAAUUAAACGGGAGUAAAACUGCCGUUGUGAUGGCUAAGACACGCCCAAACAUUUUAUAUGCAGCUGCUGGUAUUCAUCCUCAUUUCGUGAAAGACGAUUGGACAGAUAAAUCUCUAGAUCAAUUAGAAGAAUUGGUUAAGCUGCCCGAGGUCGUUGCUGUAGGCGAAUGUGGUUUAGAUUUUAAAAGAGACUACUCACCCAGAGAUAUUCAAGAAACAGCUUUUAAGAAGCAGGUUCAACUUGCAGUUCGUUACCAAAAGGCUUUAUUGGUCCACGAACGUGACUCCCACGAAGGUAUCUUAAAUGUAUUGAAAGAUUUCGAAUCGUCACUUCCACCAGUAAUUAUCCAUUGUUUCACUGGCACCCCUGAAGAAAUUGCAACUUAUGUAGAGAAAGGAUUUUACAUUGGUGUAACGGGAUACGUUUGUAAAGAAAAACACGGACAGUCUCUACGCCAAGCUAUUAAAGAUGGUACGCUGCCUCUUAGUCGAAUUAUAGUUCAAACUAAUGCUCCAUACAUGACACCAAAUACACCUCGCGAAGAGAUCGAUCCUGUAAGCCAAACUUUAUUGGAACAUUGUUACGUUGACAACGAGCCUUGCACAUUGUCGAUUAUAAUUCGAUGUAUAGCGAAAUGUUUAUCUCAAGAACCACGUGAUGUCGCAGAUGCGUGCACAGAAACAGCUAUGAAGGUUUUCAGAUUCCAGAAAACCGAGGCGAACAAUUUUGAAUAAUUUUUAUUCUUAAAGAAAUGCAGGUGGCAGGGCAAACUGAUGCAGCCAUUCUAAAUGUGAAUCAGAAGCUAAGGUUGCUUGCAAAAAAAAUGUGUGGUGUUUUUUAUUUGUUUAACGAGUUCACUUCUAAUUUUUUCGUGCUAGUAGUUGUGUUCCGUAUUACUUCUAGACUUCUUUAUAUGUUUGCUUGUAGUAAUAACAUUUCCAUAUUUGGCGCUGCUGCAUCAUUUUACAUGUAACCGCUUUAAAUGGCGCCUUUUUGAUGUCAGUAAUCGCACUGACAUUAGUAAGGUAUACUUAAAUACUGCUUGAAAAUGUGAGCAGUUUUUAUAUAUUGUAAUUUAUCGAACACAUAUGCAUUUGUGUCAUUGAUGUGAUAUAAUACAGACCAAAAUGGA